GCUCUUCUUGUCGCUGCACCAGCUACACUGUAGAAGUCGAGGUUCCAGACCCGCCCUGACUCGCGCCACAGGGAGCCUGGUUUGCAAGCCCAUUUCCAACCGCAAUCACCAGCAAAGGACCUGCAGGACAGGGGCAGGAGGAGAAGCGGCAUGGACGACAAGACACAACGGAUCUUCCCGCGGUACAUCUCCUCAGUCCAAAGCAAUUCCUACCCGACACCAGGCCAGUGUAGCAACGACCAGGGUCCGAGCCAGAGGCAACUUCAAAACAAAAGUCCACUGCCUGCCGCGGGUGUUGCUUACGGGCAGUCUACAAGUGGUAUUCACUCACCUGGCGCAAUUACGCCUCAGUUCCCGCGCUCUGUAUCACAAGCCGCCGAGGCGCAGCAGAGACGGAGGGCAUACGGCCAGCAGUACCCGCUCAUGGACACAGCCUCGUCGCCAGUGGGGCUGCCAGCACGUUCGGGUCACAGUACAGCGUCGUUUUCAUUUCGGAGACAACACUCCCGCAUGAGCGACAAUAGCUGGACCGACUCGACCUCAAGCUCCACGACGACCAGCGGCCACUGCUGCGUCUGCAACGCAGCCAGCGACUCCGACUUGAUUCCUCGCCGCAAGAGGCGCCGCCGUGCUAAGUCGGGUGGCGACAAACCGAAUAACUUCUCGUGGAUAACCUGCGUGCCCAUUGUGGCCGUGGCUGUGAUCGCCGCUUGCCUGUUCCUGUUAGCCCUUUCAGCUGUGGCACAGUCGCGCCGUUUGGCGUUCUCUCUUCCCGUGACGCGCCAUCUGCAGGAAGAAGCCCACCCGCAGCGGAAGGGAACGUCUCCUACUGUCGCGAGCACGAGCGACGCGCGCGUACAGCAAAAUCUGUUGGUUGAAGAGGAAGGGAGCGAGAAAAUUGGGAAACGUGAUCCAAGCACAACGACUGAGGGCACAUCCGAGCCAACCACAACAUCUGCACCCACGGUCAAGGCUAAGACUUUGGCUCCGGGUUUGAAGAGGAAGCACUCCAAGCGUGGAAGGAAGACUACACCCUCGCCAAAACGAGCUGCGAAAAAGAACAAUGACAGCAGUCGGAAAGCAGGCAGGACUACUAAGGUCAUUCGUUCACAACAUGCCGUCGGUCCCGAGUGUCGCGAAGUGUUCUACACGUUCUGCGAGCGCUCGGAGCACGAAUUUUACUACCAGCCUGAAAGCAACACGUGUUACCAGACGAAUGUGGUGAACGUUUGCACCCGAGGCACCAACCGGUUCGCCACACUGGACCACUGCGUUCACAGCUGCGUCUCUACCAGGCACCCGGCUGACGAGUGCUUCGGCAAGCCGAUCUUCACGCGCUGCGCAAGGCGAGAUGUCCUCUCCGACUGGUGGCACUACGACAACAGCAAGUGCGUGCCCUGGAUAUUUCCUUCAGGCGGCUGUCCGGCUAACGUAAGUGCGGUCUUCCCGACGGCCAAGGAGUGCGACAAGCACUGCCGAAAACCGCAUGGUCGACCCCGGUGCCAGCGGCCCGAGGUGGUGGCCUGCGGUCGCCAGCACCUCAAGUACCAGUACUUCGCUCGCGUGUCGCCGGAAGACGGCCGCUUGCGUUGUUUCCGCUCUUCGUUGACCACGCUGCGGCGCCACCUGUGCCUCGUGGGCGCGAACCGGUUCCCUACCUUCGGUACCUGCGUCGCCUCCUGCCGGCAGAAGCCGCCAACUUCAGCAUAGUCGACGACGUCGCCACCUUAUUUUCCUCUUUGUCGGCGUCGCGAACAAUGGACCGUCUUCGUGCUCGUGAAACGUGUCGUUCUUAAUUUUUACGCAGCUUCGCAACUACAAUACACCGCAUGGCGUAUACGCUGUGCAGCGGCAGAGUAUUGGUGCUAAAUUUCACCCUCAACAAAGAAGUGAACGCUGCUUU